AUGUACGUGGGCAAGAGGACGGUGGAAAGCCAACCUGGUACGAUACGAAAACGAAGCAAAGUUACUAAGGCUUGUGAGAAUUGCCGCCGCAGAAAGAUCAAAUGUACCGGGAAACAUCCUUGCAGUAACUGUGUGACUUAUCAGUGUGAAUGCGUCUAUAAAAGUGGCGCAGUACCGACAGUGAAUAUAGGCCAGACGAAGCCAUCGAGUGCUGAAAAAUUAGGUUUAUCGGUCAGCUCCGAGAAUAGUACAGAGGCCAAUGUCAGUGAAAGUGAGAAAACCGGGUCUACCGAUGCUAGCAAACCUGGUGACCAAAAGCUUCGGUCAAAGAACCCAUCAGAUGCGGCAUUCGAUCCUGUGUUAGAUUGUGUGUUUGAUAACACCGAGUGCAUGGGAAGCGAUAUCAACGGUACAGGCCUGCCCACAAAGGAAGAACAUCGAGAUACGAACGGUAACAACGCCGUGAAUGGCUCCGAUCAUAUGGAUUCCACCAAAACAGAUUUGGCUUCGUUGAAGACUUAUCAUCCAGUAGAAGGUUUCAAUGGUCUAUAUGAGGAUGAUAUGGAUUUUCAAGAAAGUAUUAGUGAGCUGCAAUGCGUUUUAAAAAAGCUUGUUUCCAUGCGAAGCUCCAACCCGCAUGUUAAGAGGGCCGUCGCUGAACUAAGCGAACGAGCCGAAUCGCUGAUAGAAAAUUGGGAACCGAAAUUCAGUUGUGAUAAAUAUUAUGAAACAUUUAAGGACGCGUUCGAACAGUCGAAAUCUGUAGAGACUCAUCUGAUGAAGAAUAAGUAUUAUGAUCAGGUCUUUUUAUCCACCUACUCUGUUUGGACAGAUGCAAGCAAGAAAAGCAGCUCAGAAAACCCCUUCUUCCGCAAUCAACCUUUGGUGGACGAAUUAUUUGGUCUUUACUCUCCGUUGCAGGGGCUCUCGCUCAGAGGUAUAGGUUUUUUCUUCCAGCAAUGCACGUCUGGCUCUGAAUCAAAGGAGGAAAUCAUCCAAUUGAAGGAAUCGCUUUAUCUGCUCUUGAGAUUUUUCGAUAUCUGCGUGGAUCAGAUGAAUCGAAGCUGCGUCUCUAUAGCAAACCCACUCGAGAGUUAUAUUCAGAGAAGAAAUCUGAUGGAUUGCAUACCGGUGCCCGCUACUAAUGGGGUAAGCCCCAGUAGUAGUAACUGUAGAGAUCUGAUAUCAAUUGUUAUCGAUCGCUUGCCUCAGCCAUUUGUGAAAAGGCUGACGGAUAUAUCGAAUGAAGAACUGCGACAAGUGAUGUAUGAUGAUUUUGCCAUGUUCAACCUAGUUCUAAAAAUGUACGGUCAUCACAAGAAGGGCUUUGAAUCACUAAUGAUGAAAAUCACCAAACGGCAGAAAAAGGACUCGCCUACAGCCCAUUGCUCAUCUUCCGACAGGGAGGAUUUUAUUCACUUUUGCGAGGAAGAGGAACUCCUAUUAGCCCUUUGCUACAACUACUACAACUCAACCAUGUAUCACGUCAAUGAAUUUGUCGCUAAUUUAAACUAUUUCGAAGCUUUACUGACCUUGCUUGAAAUCCAAAAAUGGUUAGACGAAUUUUAUAGUUUCGAAAAGGUGCUCGGGGUGGCAAUGCGCUAUGCUUAUGAUAUUGGUCUUUCACGUUGGGAGCACUACGUUGGAUUGGAUGAAGAAACGGCAGAACGUAGAAGGAAAUGUUGGUGGAGGCUCUACACUACAGAGAAACUUUAUUGCUUCAAGAAAGGUAAACAAUCCUCGAUCGAUGACGCCAAAAUGAACUGUCUUUUAACUUCCGAGUUCAGAAGUUUAGGAUUCUCGGAUAACAAGGAUUUUCUGUCGAAAGUCCUGACCACAUCACGAGGAUGGGCUUUUGAUAAUAUGUCCAUUCAAGAUCUGAAAUUUUAUGGAGAGUGUGCGAUCUCACAGGUAGUCUCCCAUUUUUAUGCCACUGUUCUCUACUCAGAGCGAUAUACGUCGAUUAAAAAUACAGCUAAACCUCCGAUUCUCAAAGAGCGACUCGUGAAAGAGGUCUUUCAAAAACUUCAUCUCUUGAAAGCGCAGUUCGAUGCUAUAAAGGAACAAACCAAAAAACUUUUUGAAGUCGCAUCGUCUUCAGCAGAUGGAUCGAUGAACAUGUUUCUCGCUAAAGAUGAGAGAUCUCUGGCCGCCAGGUACGCUUUAUUUCAUGGUUGCUUCUUUUUCACUGUUUCAACGUCAGCAUAUAAUUUGAUCGCCAGACUUCUGACCGAUACGACCAGCGUCUCUAGAAUUGAUCAAUACACAAAAUGCGCAAGCUUUCUACGACAAUCGUGGCGAGAGAUGACUCGAUUGGUUUUAUCCCUUGAUGAUGACUACACCGUCAGUCGAACUUUCGAUAGCUAUGGUGUGGUAUGCAUGCCACUUAUCUCGCGUGCAUUUUGCGACGUCUCCCUUGCUAGAACUUCUGAGGAUUUAGUGUCACUUCUAAAUAUCUUCAAGAGGCUGCAGGACAUCACGAUAUUUCAUGAGAAUAAAGAUAAUGAAUUCGUCGCUUCUAGUAACGCUUAUGGCUCCUACAUUCGAUUUCUGACUUUCCUAGCCAUUAAUAUUCAUGGUAUGAUGUUGAGUUAUAUGCGUCUGAAUAACAUUACGAGAGAUAAUCUAUUCCAAGAGGUGGAACAAAUGGCGCCCAAUGUUGCUGAUCUCCCGCCCCUCAUAUUAAACCCGAAAUCCGCAAUAUACGAGCCCCUGAUGAAGCCUGUUCAAGCAUCAGGUUUUCACCUCAAGGUGCAUAGCAUGCUCGAAAGGGAUGGGAAAUACACAAAAUCGCCUAAUGCCUAUCCAAAAACAGCCUUCCAACUCAUGCCAAUACGAAAUCAUGAAAUAGCAUCAAUAGGCCGUUUUGGCUCCCCAGGAGAUAUGUCGUCGCCUAGGGAAAUUUCCUCUAAAGAAUCUCCUUAUCCAACAUUGCCUUCAAUCCGAUCCUUGACAGAUGUCGAGCAGGGAUCGGUUCAAUUUAGCGAAAAGACGCCGCACAUCGACUCCCAGCAGUUCAAGCCGACAAACAGUCCCAAUCAGGAACGGCUGCAGCAUGCCAGUCCUAAAAAUUUGGGGCUGCCAUAUACCGGCUACAAUCUUGGAACUUUGGAUGAGUUUAUAAGCAACGGUGAUUUGAACGAUCUAUACAAGGUAUUGUGGAGUGACUUGUACACAGAAGAGGCACCGCAAACAAUUCUUCUGCCGAGUGAUGACUAUUCUGGCUCAACGGACAAAUAA